AUGAUUAGUGAAGAACCAAAAACAAACCAGAAAGUGAAUCCAAAUCAUAUGCGAGUUAAUCAUGACGAGAUCAUGAAAGAUGCUUCAAAUGAUUCGGAAACAAGUCAAACUUUUCAAAACAACAGCCCAAUGGACAAUAAUUCAGAUCAACAAAUGAAAGAGUUUAAUCAGUCUGAUAAGACGACUAAUGGAAAUCAAUCAAUCUCAUCUCGUGAUUAUUACGAUUCGAAAUCUGAUUUGAUACGUUUAGAUAUCGGGUCCUCAUCUGAAGAUCACAAGGACAAUUGUACAAUUAACUCGACACCAACAAUAACACCGACAAUUGUUUCGUCGGCUUCAUUAGUAACAUCAGCAGCCAAUUCGUUGGCUUCAUCUUUAGCAUCAACAACCACACCCACAAUGGUCUCUUUGUCAUCUGCAUCAUCCUUAUCUUUAUCUUUAUCUUCAUCUUCAUCCUCAUCAUUCCAUUUAUCUGCAUCUCUCAAUCCCCAUUCAGGUAACUGUCGUGAUCUAAGCUCUAAAUCAGCUAAACGCAGCUCAUUAACAGCUCCCAUUACAACAAUAGCUUCAAGUAAUGGGAUGAUGUCAUCUUCGACAGCGUCUUCUGGAUCAUCCUCAUCCUCUACGUCAUCAACUUCUUCCGUUUCAUCUAUUGAUCCCGGUAAAGAUGUUGAUUAUCUCAAUCAACUGUCACAAAAUUGUCCCAACGAUUUUCGUCCUGGUCGAUUCACUGCAAUCGAAAUGUUGAGUCGACUUUUUCCCGAACAGAAACGUACCAUUCUUGAGUUAGUUCUACAGGGUUGUAAUGGUGAUGUUUCGAAAGCAAUCGAACAUUUCAUUUCCCUUAAUGAUGCAAUGAUGCUCCACACAGGCAACAGAUCAGCUCAGUUAAUCUCUUCAGAGGCUUAUAAGCACCGAGCGGCAGUCGCAGCAGCUGCUGCUGCGAUGAUAACCGGAAAUGGGACAAAUGGAGACUCGCUAAGUGUUUCCAACUCUAAUGUUCCAUCUUCUCUGUUAAAUGGUCAAAUUAAAUCAGCUUUCACACCGAUUCACACAAGUUUGAAUUUCAUUCAUCCCAAUGGUUACCUUGGUUCUGCCAUUAGUUCAAGCGUUGAGUCGGGAAACGGCAACGGCUCAUUACUGAGCAGUGCAGCUCUUUGUCCGGGUCGACCGAUCGGUUCAGCGCUUAUAAAUAGUAUCUACAAUCGAGACUUUUUGUGUCCUCCAGGAGUAAACAACGGAUCUGGAAAUCAGAAUAAUUCAUCUUCCAAUUGUUCAACACUUGCAAGUAAUUCACAUGCUUAUCAUUUUCUUCUUGGCUCUCAUCAUCCCUUUACAAUUCCAUCAGUUCCUGGAUUGAUGUCACCUUGUCCUCCAGGAUGUACUCAGUGUCCUCAACCCUCGGCUGCUGCAGUCGCUGCAGCGGCGGCUUCUCUACUUCGAAGACCCGUUAGUCCAAAUCGGAUAUUUAAAGAAUCAUUAGGAUCUCGUUUAAAUGAUGUAUCAUCAAAAACCGCCAUUGAUUUGACCUCAUUAGAAACCAAUGGUUGGCGAUCAAGUCCGCCAUCGACUGCCCUCAGGGAGGGAAAAUGUUCUAACUCGUAAAUUUGUAGUAAUUAAUCUUAUGUAUUCAAUUUAAUUGAUCAACUCUUUCAAUCUUACAAAUCAUAGUAAAUUCAAAUGACACUGAACUUUUUGAGAUACAACAACUUACAUUGGAAACAAUAAAAACAUCAAAUAUCAAAAAUCUAUCAUGAGAAACUUAAACUCUCAAGUAAAAUCAUGAAAUCUCAUCUUAAUCAUAAUUAAUUUAUUAGCGCAAUACAAAUUUGCAAUAUAAACAAAAUGAAUAAAGAAAAUGAAU